AUGUCGGUGACGGGCGAGCCGUUGAAACACCCCCUGGCGGAGCGUCUGAGUGCCGGGUUCGACCACCGCUAUCGGGAGGGCUUCGUGGUGACGCAGCCCGGUGGCAUCGUGAUGCCCGCAGAGUUCCUGCUGGAUGCCCAGCGCAUACUAGACUUCCCAGUCAAGGAGGACGACGUCUGGCUGGUCACCUUCCCCAAGUCCGGUACCACCUGGACACAGGAGUUGGUCUGGUUACUGAUGAACGACUUGGACUUCAAAACCGCGAAAGAGAUCUGCAUCACCGAACGGUUCCGGUAUAUCGAGCGCAUGAGUACGCUGCCCAAGGCGACCAGACGGGGGGCCCCGGACACGAUCCAGCUGGCCGUGGACCAGCCAUCCCCCAGACUCAUCAAGAGCCACCUGCCGCCGGCACUGCUGCCUAGGCAGCUGUGGACCGUCAAGCCCAAGAUCAUAUACGUUGCCAGAAGUCCUACGGACGCCGCCACCUCCUAUUACUACUUCAAUCGUCUCGUUCACGGAAUUAGUCUCUCACUGGAUGAGUUCCUCGAGUGUUUCCUCGCGGGUGUUGUUCAAUUCACUCCCUACUGGACAAGCGUUCUGGAAUUUUGGAACCUGCGGAAUGAGCCUAAUAUUUUGUGGAACACCUACGAAGAAAUGAAACAGGACUUGGGAGCAGUCAUCCGCAAGACAGCCGCAUUCCUGGGCAAGAGCGUGACAGACGAGCAGUUGCACCAACUGGAGGACCACCUGAGCUUCACCAGCAUGAAGGCUAAUCGGGCCACCAACUGCAGCGACGUGCUGCUCAGUUUGAGGACCAGUAUCGGUCUACCGCCGCCACCCUCGGAUCAGACCUUCAUGCGAGAGGGCAAAGUAGGCCAGGCCAAGCUGCACAUGUCCCCAGAAAUGAACUGUCGCUUCGACCGGUGGAUUCAGGAAAACAUUCGUGGCACUGGGUAUGAUGGCCCCGUCUAA